AAGAGAUGUGACGCAAUUUUCCCGCCAUUGUAUUCGGUCUAUGGUUUAGAUUUCCCGAGUCAAACCUAUCGAAACGUUAGCCAAGUUUGUUUUUUUAAAUUUCAGUCAUCUUUAUUGAAUAAGUUGAACAAUAAAGUAUUGUUGAAGUAAAGAAACAAAUAAUGCCUUCUCUUCAGGAAUGGAUAACUAACCCGAUGGGCAUCGUGGAAGAUAUAUUUUCCCAGAGCAGUGGCAGUCCGGACUGGGAAGGAAAGGUGUUGGAGUAUUUCAAAGAGAAGCUGAAAGAAAGUGAUGCUGGUAACUGGGUUCCCUCUUUAAAUGAGGUCCCCCUGCACUACCUGAAGGCGAACAGCCUGGUGAAGUUCCGCUGUCUGGUGCAGGACAUGUUUGAUCCAGAAUUCUACAUGGGGACAUAUGAACGCCUUGACCCCGCCUCCAAAUCAAAAAUGUUGAAAUUUGGAAAGUACAAGGAUAUUGUAGAAAGUGGGGUUGAAGUUGGAAACACGGCGAUGUUGGAAAGACAGACCUUUUACUGUGUGCCUGUCCCCGGAGAAUCCCCAUGGGUGAAAGAGGGCUACGCCAGCUGCAGCCACGCGAGCGUGCUGCCGUCCACGUCCUACACGCCGAACCGCCACAAGCGCAGCCACGAGGACGACCAGGACAUGGACAGCCAGCCCCACAAGCAGAAAGAGCAGGCGGCAGGCUCUCUGGGAGAGACCAGCAGCGGAGACUCCAAGCGGCUGGAGACGGACACAAACGCGCACACUGGGCGGAGCCAGCAUUGCCCCCCCCACUUAGACCUCAACUUCCCCCUCCCAGGGGAGGCGGGUCCAGCCUGCUUAGUCAAGGUCUAUGAAGAUUGGGAUCGGUUUAAAGUCAACGACAUGCUGGAAAUAUACGGCAUUCUGUCUGUGGACCCCCUGCUGAGUGUGAACGAGGAGAAGGACGCAGGGCUCGUGAUGGACCCUAUGGAGAGUGUGGAGACUGCAGAGGAGAGGCGGGUCCACUACCCUCCAGCAUCACUUGUGCCCCGCCUCCAUAUGAUCCACGCCCACCCACUGCAGCACAACAACCCUCUGCUGCCCCCUGCUGUCCACAGUCAGACCUGCACAUUCACAGCUGGUUUCCUGGGAGAGCUAGCGGCCGUGAGGGCGGAGCUUUUGGAGUACCUGACGCACGUGUUGCUAGGAGACAUGCUGGCAGCCGAGUAUCUCAUUCUUCAUCUCAUCUCCAGCGUGUACGCGCGGCGAGACGUCCUGCCGCUGGGGAAAUUCACCCUGAACCUGAGCGGCUGCCCGCAGAACAGCGCCUUCACCGCGCUCCUCUACCGCGCGCUUCAGCAGCUGGUCACCGCCUCUUUUCGCAUCGGCAUGAGCCUUCAGAACAUGAACAGCAUGCGCUUGGUGCCGCGGAAGGACUACUCGGCCAACCGGCUGGUGAGCGGCAUGCUCCAGCUGGCCCAGAACACCUCGCUGUUCCUGGACGAGACCGCGCUGGAGCAGGGGCAGCUGGAUUCGGCGGGUGUGCGGAACAUCACGGCGCUGGGGAACCUGAUCACCUGGCAGAAGGUGGACUACGACUUCAGCUUCCACCACAUGGAGUUCCCCAGCAACAUCAACGUGCUGAUCGCGUCGGAGGGAAAGUCGCUCCUGCCGUCUGACUGCCAGGUGCACCUGCAGCCCAAGCUGGCUCCGCCCAACCUGGAGGAGUACCUGAACGCGCUGCACGCGGCGGUCGGCCCCGCCACGCUGAACAAGUUCCGCACCUACGUCAGCCUGCUCCGCACCUUGGACUACAGCAUCUCCGACGAAAUCACAAAGGCAGUAGAGCAGGAUUUUGUUGAAAUGCGGAAGGACGACCCCCAGAGCAUGUCUGCUGAAGAUCUCCACAGGAUGCUGGUUGUGGCUCGGUUGCUGUGCCUCAGUAUGGGCCAGACCACGCUGUCCCAGGAGCAGUGGAUGAAGGCCAAGCACCUGGAGAUGCUGCGGACCAGCCGCACGGAGCAGCAGAGGUGCCUCAACGGCAACGAGCCUUAGGCUUGGCAACAGACCUUAGACCCGGCAACGGAUCUUAGGCCCGGGAACAAGCCUUAGGCCCGGCUGCGGUGCUGUGGACUUGCAUAUCGAACGUAUUUGUACUUUUUAUAAUGCGCGACUGUGGGAGUUUUUUUUUUUUUGUUUUUUGUUUUUCUCGUCCGUGUACUUUUUACAACUUCCCCAGAACGUGGUUCCCUGUUUAGUUUUCUCUCAUUGUACACCCGACUCCGAAAUCUCCUGGGGAUGGUGCUGAUGGCGGCGGCAUGGCGGGUUUGGGUCUGCACUGUGCCUUCAGGGGAACUGUGAUCUGGAGGCCACAGCGGUGGAACACACGCGGGGGGGAAGGGGGGGGGCUUCAGUUGGCCUGGGUUCCUUCAUCUUCCCCCAGCUACUCACCUGUUGCCCUCAGGUAACCUGCUGAUGUCAGUGUGAGAUUUGCCUCCUCUUCUGUUCUGGGGAAUAGUCACAGACCUGUGGGUGAAUACUCCUCUUGUACUCUGGGGAAUAGACACCGACCUGUGGGUGUGUACUGAUGUACUCUGGGGAAUAGUCACAAGCCUGUGGGGGAGUACUCCUGUAGAUUUCUGGGGAAUAGUAAUGGGCCAGUGGGUGAAUGCUGUCGUAUAGUAUUCUGAAGAAGUGAGUGAAUGCCCCAGUAGUGAUAUGUUCACUACGAUAGGACCUUGGAGAUCCAAAUUACCGACUGGCCGGUGAACCAAACAGAGUAUGAACUUGGAAGUAGAAUUCAAGAUUACACCUCACCAAGCACUUAUUAUAGUUUUCUUUGUUGUUAUUGCUGAUGCAAAAUGGGGAGCGUUAAGAUGAGUCUCACUUUCCAUUAAUUCAAUGCUCCCCGUUCUCUAUAGAUCUGUGUCCAUCUAAAAUCAGUUUGCAAGGGAACAAGUGUCUGAAAGAACGGUGUAAAUGAAAAAAAAAAAAAAAAAACUAAAAAAACAGUAUUGUACUUUUACAAUAAAACACAUUUUAUAUCGUUGUCUGACACACUGAUAGAUGUUUUCAUUCUUUAAGCAGAUUGAGUUGAGCAGCUUCACCUUUCACUGUACGCUCACUGAUGGAGCAUAUUAAUGGCUUGCCAAAAGUUAUCUUUUUUUUUUUCAUGUGUCCUUCCUUCCUUCUCUGUACUUUCAUUCUUUUUGCUGAUUCUUCUAAUGGUGAAUUUUUUUUGAGCAUAGGAGGGAUAUUGGGCUAAUUUUCUCAUGUUUAUUAUAUUGUUUUUUUCUGACAGCUGUCAGGUACUGCCCGGUCAUUGUAUAGUGUAUGUUAAUUAUCUCACACACACUGAAAAGGAUCUAUGGUAAAAGGUCUAUGGCAGCCUAUGGUUGCUGUAUUAUUGGUUAUUAACAGAAAUUAAUAUUUAAAGAUACAAAGUGUGUAACCUGUUAAUAAUAAUAAUAAUAAAGUAAGAAACUGUUCUGGUAAAGGUAUAAAAUGUAUCUAUUUUGACUUCACUCUGGGGAACAGUAUCAGGCCUGGGGAUGAGUGUUCUGUGGCUGUAGAGCUCCCUGUGUGGAUGGUUGUGUGGAUUCUGAGGUGGAUCUGAAGCAUAACUGGUCAUUCUGUCAGUGUGUGGGAUUCAAGGGGGAUUGUAUGUGAUGCUGUGAGCUGUCGUUACUAAAAUUGUUUCACAUCCUUGUCUCUUAAGCCAUUAAAAUGUCUUUUCAAAGAA